GUACUUGCUUGACGUCAACCGGUACAACCAAUCCGAUCCUUCAGAUACUUUCAAACGUUGACCGCCAUUGUGUGACUGUUUUUCUGGCUGCUUGGUGCGUCUGUUUUUAAACUUUUAAGAAGGAGAAGAAGAAAACACCGAGGCACGUAAUCAUGGAGUCGAAAUUUUCCCACUUCCGCCAACGGGACAACAGUGUGGACAUGCUGAGGGUAAAAAUGUCCCGCAGAUUGUCUCAGUCACAGAAAGAGAACCGAGAGAAAGUUGUAAAUGCAAGGAGGCAACUGGAUAAACUGCAGGAGCAGGAAAUAUCAAGUCUGGAUGCCUCCAUGGCUGUGACCAACACGUCAACAAUUAAAGAGAUAACAAAUGUCCAUGCAAACUCUGCCAAAAGUAAAGCUGUAGAAGAGAGGCUAAAACAGCUUGCACGCUGGAAAGAGAGAAAAGCCCUUCAGAAAGAGAAGGAAAAACAAGAGAAGGAGCGUAAAGGAGUGUUUAAGACUGGCCUGUAUCAUCCUAAAGACACUCAGUGCCUUUUCGCUUUACCUCCCAUACCUGCAGCCUUAACCAAAGCAAAGGAGACAAAAACAAACACCGCUUCAUCACAGAGCACCAGGGUAACUCGUUCAAUGAGGCAGCAGCUAACACAGAAGCCUACAAUAACCCAGAUUCCAAAUACAACCACAAAGAAAGAGAGACCAACCAGAGGAGCUCCCAUUAAAGUGGCUCCAACUUUGGCUAAGAAAAUCAUAUGUCCAGUGGUGCCAGUAGUCCAAGCACAGUCAAUCCGAUCCGUCAACAGAUCUGUUCCAGCAGCCCCAGUUGUGCCUAACAAGCCACAUGACAAAUCUGCAGUCGAGAGAAUCACAAGAAGCAAAGCCACUGUCGUCGCUAUGGUGCCACCCUCUGGAAGGGGAGGGAACUGCAAAGCCGUUAUGAAGCUCAUUGGCCAUCCUGCUGCUGCAACGCCCCUGGCAAGCCUUUCAGUGAACGAAGAAGCAGCUGAGGAGCUUUCCUCUUCGGCCUCAUUCGCUCCCAAGGGAUUUGUCUUCCAGGCUCCUGUCGGUGUGUCAGCCUUCAAAUUUGAGCCUCUCACACCUCGCUCAGCAGAUGCCUUUCUUACACCAAGCUUCAAUUUUCCACCUGCCCCUGUAUUUAAUGAUAAAGCUCAAGCAAAGCCAAGUGGAUCUUCGCCACCUAAAUCACCUCGCCGCUCUCCUCCUCGAGCCCCAAGUAGCCCGCUAGAAUCCAAGCAUGAUGUGCCAUAUUUUAGGUCAGAGAUUAAUAACGAGACGGACAAACUGACAUCUCUCAGUGCUCAGUGGGAGCCUAAAGUGGAAGAUGUCUCUAUUCCUGAAGAAAUGAGAGACCGCAUGCGUACAGCCAUCGGUCAAGCAAGGUUGCUCAUGAAAGAGCGCUUCAACCAGUUCAGCGGUCUGGUGGACGAUUGCGAGCUGGGCCGAGGGGACAAACUCACCACCUGCAGUGACCUCCAGGGUUUCUGGGACAUGGUUUACUUCCAGGUAGAAGAUGUAAGCAGGAAGUUUGAUGCCCUUAAAGAAGCAGAGGUGCGAGGGUGGGUAGAGGAGCACAAGCCACAGACCCGACAGCGAAAAGCAGUCAAGAAACCUGUAGUGCCACCCACCAAGCCACCAGGAACCAAAGCAGGUGCCAAAUCUGGCCUUGCUGCCAUCAAAGCGGCCAUGAGAGCCAAAAAGCAGGCGGCCGAGGCAGAAGAGGCGUCAAAGGUGGCAGGUGACCCCCAGGACGAAGCGACCCCCCCUGAAGGACCACAAAGUCAGGUCGCACCUCAAGCAACUGACACUGUGGUCUUUGAUGGAGGCUUCUUCUCUGUGGAGAGUCCAGCCAGGGCAUCAGGCUACGUGAGAAGAUCCAGACGCCUGAGUGCCGCCAUGCCUCCACAGGCUUCUCCCUGCACUAGCUACCCCUCCCCAAGAAGGGUCACUCGGCACUCCCUGGCCUUGGCACAAACCCACGGAACUCCUGUUCAGGGCAACCAAACUCCCCUGCGCCUUUCCUCCAAAAAAAGGCUGCAGCUUCACACUCCUCAGCCAACCGCUGACACAUCGCUUUCUUUCCUCCUUCCCACUGAAAUGCGUUCGUGCAGCCCCCUGCUGGAGGAAACCUCAACAUGUCCAGCAGAAAUUGUUUCAGUGCAGGAAUCCACCAUGUGUGUGAUUCCUAAUAUUUCCGUCGUCCAAGAAAACGACGAAGCAGCCAAAUCUGUCACAACAGCCUUGAGCUUCAUGCCGUCACCCAGCAGCACUCCUUGCCAGUGUUCCUCCACCCAGACCACAUCUCCUGCCGUGCCAAGUUCAAAGGGGACUCCAAAGUCCAUGUGCACAACACCCGAUAGCACAGUUGUCGAGGAAAUUCCAGGGUUGGACUUUGAGCGUUACCUCCAGCCCUCACAUCGAUGCAGCCUGUCACCAAUGGAGCCAGUUACCAUGGAGACGCUGUCGUCGAUGACAGUGGAUGUGGAGAUGGAGAGUCCCAAAAGUCAAUCUGAACAUCUGACUCAGCAAGAAGUACUGCCGCCACCAUUUUCACCUUUAACCCCUCAGACGACACAGGAGCGGACAGCACAGGCGUCCUUGCUUCUCUUCACCCCGAAUCCCAAGGACCGGAUACGCCCGUCGGUCUGCCCAAGUGACCUCAUGUACUUCACUCCUCCUCUGUAAUUUUGAAUCACAGCUAUUUUUUUAGUAUUCUUAAGGGAAAAACUUGAUAUAAGUUGUCAUCAUCUUGUAAAAUACAUAUAUUUUUUGCAAAAUCAGUGCUGGUAAACUAUUUUUAAGAAGUGUUUAGACCAAGGACCUGGGUCUUCAUUUAUAGAAGUGUAUGUGGAUUUCUUACCAGAAUUGACGAACACAAAGAAAUGUUUAGAUAGAUAAAGUAUGUUUGCCUUAAAGUAAUAAAAAAACUGCCAUUUUUUGGCACAACAUAA